AUGAACGAUACACGCUCUAAAAAGAAAGAGAAGUGUCAGCACAUACAGGUGUUUGUUCGUGUUAGGCCAAUAAAUAAUUCUGAACAAAAUAAUAAGUCUACAGAUAUAUUAGAAAUUGUUAAUGAUAAUGAGAUAAUAAUACAUGAACACUCACAAGAUAAAUUUUCUAGAAAGUUUAAAUUUAAUAAUAUAUUUGGACCUUCAUCAAAACAGAUCGAUGUAUAUAAUAUUGUUGUUAGUCCAUUAUUGGAACAAGUUUUAGCUGGAUAUAAUUGUACAGUUUUUGCAUAUGGUCAAACUGGUACAGGAAAAACAUUUACAAUGGAAGGAAUUAAUAAUUAUGCAAAUUUACAUUGGCACAGUGACUCAUCUGCUGGUAUGAUACCACGAUCUUUAAGCCACUUAUUUGACAAGCUAGAAUUACUGGAAGUACAAGAGUAUACAAUUAAAGUUAGUUUUCUUGAAUUAUAUAAUGAAGACUUGUUUGAUCUUCUAUCACCUAGUAAUGAUUCGUCUAAAAUAAGAUUAUAUGAAGAUGUAUCUAAAAAGGGCGCAAUAAUUAUACAUGGAUUGGAAGAAGUAACAAUACACAACACAAAUGAAGUUUAUAAAAUUCUUAAAAAGGGAUCAGAAAAGAGGCAAACAGCUGCAACAUUGAUGAAUACUCAAUCUAGGUGCCGAUCUCAUGCAAUAUUUUCAAUUACUGUACAUAUAAAAGAAAAUGUUAUUGAUGGGGAAGAGAUCCUAAAAACAGGAAAAUUAAAUUUGGUGGAUCUAGCUGGUAGUGAAAAUGUUGGAAAAUCUGGUGCUGUUGACAGGAGAGCAAGAGAAGCUGGUAACAUUAAUCAGUCUUUAUUAACUCUCGGUAGAGUUAUAACAGCUCUUGUUGAAAGAGCUCCUCAUAUACCUUACCGAGAAUCCAAACUCACAAGACUACUACAGGAAUCAUUAGGUGGUCGUACAAAAACGUCGAUUAUUGCAACUAUAUCUCCUGCUAGUAUUAAUCUUGAGGAAACAUUAUCUACGCUAGAUUAUGCACAUCGCGCAAAAAAUAUUACUAACCGCCCAGAAAUAAAUCAAAAACUUUCAAAACGGGAAUUUCUGAAACAAUAUACAGAAGAAAUUGAAAAACUGCGGAGAGACUUAUUCGCUACACGCGAAAGAAAUGGUGUUUAUCUUGCAGAUGAUAACUAUAAAGAAAUGCAAACAUUAAUAUCACGACAAACUAAAGAAAUAGAAGAAAAAAUUAAUCGUAUAAAAGCACUUGAAAAAACUAUGCAAGACAAGGAGAAAAUAUACAAUGAACUUGAAUUGCAAAACGUAGCACAGACAAAAGAAUUACAUGAAGUCAAAAAUAAAUUAAGUAAUGUUACUACUGCACUUAAAUCGACAAAUCAUCGAUUAAAAUUGAACGCGCAAGAACGAGAUGAACAAAAGUAUUUAAUAGAAAAACAUAUAAAUACAGAACAGUCUUUAUUAUCUCAAGCUCAGUCUUUACUAGGUGUUGCAGAUACAGCAGUAACAGAUUCAUAUAAAUUACACGAUAAAAUUGAACGAAAAAGUGAAACAGAGAAAAAAUUUGAAGUUCUCGGUGAAACUUUUAAAAACAAUGUUAUUAAAGGUUUCCAAAAUAUUGAAAAAGAUGUCUCAAUGUGUGGUACAAAAUUAAAGGAAUUUUUUACAUCAAUGAAAAAUGAUCAUGAAACAUCUAUUAAAUUUGAUGGUAUUGACAUGUCAAUACAUCAAUUUGGAACAAAUGUUCCUAAUCAGUCUGAUACUAAUAAUUUAAUGAAAAGUAUAAAUAAAUUUUAUUCAGAUUAUCAAAAUUGGAUAAGAAAUGAAGUAAAAAAUACAAUAAGUACAAUAGAAUCUGAACAUGAAUUAAUGAGUGUCGUUUUUUUGAAAUUGGCUCAAAACAUCGACAAUAUAAUAGAAAAUGAAAUAAUUAAAAACUUACAAAUUAUAACAAAUAAUGUAUCUGAGAAAUUGAAACAAACUUUAACUCUUGUAAACGAAACGAUAGAUUCUACUUGUAAUUAUAAACUGGAAACUUAUGAUUAUGUGUUUAAAAAUGUUAAGAUCAUUACGGAAAAUAUCGAAAUGCUUUAUAAAAAGCAAGAAUUUAGUGAAAAGGAACUUUUAUUUUCUCAAAUGAUGGAAAGUGUAUUUUCUCAGUUCAACAACUUAAAUAAAAGUCGAAAAGAGUACUACUCUACUGUCGCUAAUAAAUGUGAUUGUGUUCACAAAAUUUGUAAUGAAGCUAAUGAGCAAAUAACAAAUAAUUCUGAUAUGAAUGUUAAAAUGAGUAACAAAUUAAAAGAACACAUACGAAGAGAUAUAGAAAAAAUUGAAGAUAAUCUUCUUCUUGGGACAAAACAUACCGAAGAAAUUGUAUAUAGAACUACAGAACAAGGAAAAGAUUUGAUAAAUGACUUAAAUUCGAAUGUAAAUGAAAGCUGUAACAUAUUGAAGCAAUAUAACGGUAUUAUUGAAUGCGAUAUUAAGGAAAUGCAGGGGAAAAUGGAUGUAGAUAAGAAUAUAAUACUUUCGUUAAUCAAUGAUGCACAUAAAGUAACUUCAAAUGUUACUGAAAACCAUACAAAAUGCGUGAACGAUAAAAGAGUUAAAACUUGUGAUAUUUUUCAAGAAAUAUGCACGAAAUUGGACAAUCAAAUGAUGGAAUCUUGUGUGUGGACUGAUGAUGUUGUCAACCAAAUACAAUCAACAGUUAAUAAAAUUAACAAAUUUUUUGAUGAGGAUGUACAACGUGAUAUUCCAACAGGAAUGACUCCAGCUAAGAAAAAUUUUUCUUAUCCUCGCCAAUUUACUGUAACUUCACCGCAUGAACGAAUUCUACAAAGAGCUAGGGAAGCUGGGCAAUUUCUCGAAACAGCAGAAAAUGAUUAUAUACAAGAAGAUACAUCCAUAAAUGGUGAAAUAACAAUGAAGCAAAUUGCAAAUUCAACAACAUUAUCUGAAAUUACACUUGUAUCUUCUUCAAUUGAUAAUACAUUAUUUACUUCAUCAAUAUUAAAUAAUGAUAUAUUAUCAAAACACACAAGCUCUUGUUCUAUGAAUUCUAAGAUUGAAAAUAUUACACAAACUUCAGACGUUUCUUCAAUAUCUAUGCAAUCCCAUAUUCAAUCUGAAGCACCAAAUUAUGCAAGGGAUGAAAAUAAAGAGAAUGAUUAUGGUAUCAUCACACAUCAAAAUGGAAAACGCUUGGGGCACAUAUCUGAUACUUAA